AUCAGAGAAUACAUAAAACAGAAGGCUCUGUAGGAGGAAAACAGAGAAUGGAAAUGGAAAGAAAGGAAGAAGAAACCGAGUCAGAGUGGGGCGAGUUGACUCGCGAGUGCCUCAUAAACAUCCUCUGUCGAAUCACCCUUGAGGAUCGAUGGAGAGGCACUAUGCUCGUUUGCAAGUCAUGGUUCAGCGCCUUCAAGGAACCCUCUCUUCACUCCAUCUUCAACCUCGAUCCCUUCUUCGACUCGCCCCGCGAGUCGACUCACUGGUGGACCCCCGAGUUUGAAGCCAAGAUCGAUUCCAUGCUUCGAUCGGUGGCCCAAUGGGCACAAUCCUCUCUCACCGAGAUUCGCCUCCGCCACUGCUCUGAUCGCUCUCUCUCUUUGGUCGCAGAAAGAUGCCCAAAUCUUGAAGUGUUGUCAGUCAGAAGCUGCCCUCGUGUUACUGAUGAUUCUAUCUCUAGGAUAGCUUUGAGUUGUCCAAAGCUUAGGGAAAUUGACAUAAGCUAUUGCUAUGAUAUAACCUAUGACUCUUUGGUGCUGAUUGGAAGAAAGUGUCCCAACCUUAAAGUUCUGAAGAGAAAUCUCAUGAAUUGGCUUGAUCCUUCCCAACAUCAAGGGAUUGUUCCUGAUGACUAUCUAAAUGCUUGUCCGCAAGAUGGAGAUUCUGAAGCUGCUGCCAUUGCAAAUUCUAUGCCUCAUUUAGAAUGGCUUGAGAUAAGGUUCUCCAAGUUGUCAGCUAAGGGCCUCAAUUUUAUAUGUCAGGGGUGUCCUAACCUUGAGCUUUUGGAUUUGUAUGGGUGUGCCAACUUAACUAGUCGAGACAUUGCAAAUGCAUCAUCUAGUUUGGCGAACUUGAAAGACAUUAAAAAGCCAAAUUUCUAUAUUCCGAGGGCUGUCUUCCACACUGAAAGAUAUGGACAUUGGAGAUUGUAUGAUGAAAGGUUCCAAACAGAUGUUUUCCGAAUCUAAGCAUUGAUAAUAAGAUCAAUCCAAGAUGUAAAUGCUGUGAGUCCAUCACUCCAUCUUCUUUCUGCUGAUCUGUGGAGAUCUUACUGGAGUUUAUAUGGUUACUGUCACACUCAAAUAUAUAUUGUAGAAAUUAUUAUCAUUGUCUAUGUAAUUAUAUGUUGUUUGCUUCUAUGAAUCUGCCAUGUAUUUCUGUAAAAGAUCGUUAUCUCAAGUUCAUAUACUGGAUUUACCUGGUAGUGUUCUAAUUAUUUCUUUUUUAUUUGGUAUUACUUCUUGUAUGUUCUUAGCCAUCUACCAUAACCAAUUAUCUCCAGAAUUAAUGUUCUUAAAUUUAACAUUUUUUUUUGUUCCCCCUUUCUUAAAUAGAGGAACCUCAUGGUUCCAAUAUUUAUGU